AUGAACUUUGAAACUUUUGAGGUUCUUGGGUCGGCUGAUGGUACCUCAUUUCUAAAAAUUGAAAUUGCUUGUGCUACACCUAAAGAUCAUUACUUUCGUUGUACUAAAUCAGAAACAAAAGUAGAAGGCAAAAAUGAUAUAACGUGCUCAACUGGUCUUCGUGUUUACGAAGGAGCCCAAGUACUUGCUGCAUUUAUCGUUAUGUUUGGACGAAUGCUAUUACCAGAGCGAUCAGUUGAAGGAUGUUCUGAGGCUUCGAGAAACUGGGUUGUUGAAUUGGGCUGUGGGUGUGGUCUUGUUGGAUUCACAACUGCCACUCUUUUUCCAGAAUUGUCUGUGGCUUUCACAGAUGCUUCCCAUGACUGUCUAGAAUUAAUAGAAGCAAGUGCAAAACGACUUGGUUUGUCACUUUUUCGAGGUGAUUGUGAUGAAUUUAUGGAAUCUACACAGAAUGUGAAGGAUCGGACUUUAAUUACGUAUCCUCUAGAGUGGUGUAAAGAGGGCACGGAUCAGUUACUUUCUCUAUUAGGACGUUUUAGCGGUCGUAAAGAACAUUUAUUAAAAGGAGAUAUUCGUGCCAUAUUAGGUUCUGAUUUACUUUACUACCGAGUUGACAUUGAAAAUCUCCUUGGAACUUGCAAGUCGCUCCUCCAGGCAUCCAUAGAAGGAAAUGAAGAGGAAAACAAUGGUUCCAGAUGUUUUCCCAGUAUGGUUGUUUUGAGCCAUUUUAUACGUAUUCCUGAUGGUGAAAGGAAAUUACAAACUGCUGCAUACAAAUUGGGGUUUGGUAUUGUACGUGUUCCCAUUGAAAAAUAUAUUACAGAAGAAAUUAUGCGAAGUCGUGGUUGGAAUGGAGUUUCAGUUGUAGUACUUUUCUUGCGAUACCCGGAAGAAAAAUAUGAUCUGGAAGAGUUGAGUAAGGAUGAGUUUCGAAAACAACGUGAAAAAGAGGAUCUAGCUAACGCGAAAGAACUCUUCUGUGUAGGGAAAUUGUCAUUCCCAAGUGAGGCAUUUGUCUGCUACUCAAAAGCAACGGGAGACAAUGUUAUCAGUGUAUCUGAUGACUCCAUAAUUGAGUGCGAACUAAGUGCUCUCCCAUCUUUUAUGUAG